AUGGGCUUUAUGCAGCUCCACAACCGCCAGGGCGACGGGCCCGAAGGCGAUAUCCCUCUGACCAAGGUCAAGUCCAGCGCCAGCUCCACCGGCGCCCGGAGGCCCAACCAGGCUCUCGAGUCGCCCGUGACCAGCAUGGACGGCGACGAGAAGCAGGCCAUGUUCCGCCGGAGAGGCCCGGCCGGUCGCCGGAGGGCCAGGCAGGACGAGCCCCUCCACCGCCGCGACAGCGGCGAGGCCAGGCUGAACCUCAUGGGCCGCCUCUACAACAAGGUCGUCUCUUUCUCCCCCAUCACCCGCUACCUAGUCUACGUCUUCCCCGUCGCCAUCCUCCUUGCCGCCCCCAUCGUGGUCCUGGCCGUCACCGGCAACACGCAGACCAUUCCUCUCAACCACAUCAUUGUCAAGAACGGUGACACCGAGCAGCGUAUCGACGGAAAGCCCCUGUUCUAUCUGUUCGUGUGGAUCGAAGUGUCGUGGCUCAGUGUUUGGGGCGGCAAGAUCAUUGCCUACCUUCUUCCCUCCGUCUUCAUGUUCUUGAUCGGCGUCGUCAGCUCGGGCACCCGCAAGUACGCCACCGUCCUCCGCGCUCUCGAGAUCCCCGUCUCCCUAUUAAUCUGGGCCGUUGUCUCCUACCUGGUCUUCCGUGUCUUCUUCCCCGACCAGCGCUUCGAGUGGAUUGACGUCCUCACCAAGAUCCUCGGCGCUCUGAUGGUGUCGUCCAUCGUCUUCCUCGUCGAGAAGGCCUUCGUCCAGCUCAUCAGCAUCAGCUACCACCAGAGGUCUUUCGCCAACCGCAUCAAGGAUUCCAAGCACGAGGUGUACCUGCUGGGUCUCCUGUACGAUGCCUCCCGCGCCCUCUUCCCCAUGUAUUGCCCAGAGUUUGCCGAGGAGGACUAUGCCAUCAACGAUAGCAUCGACAUGAGGCUAGGAAUCAAGCGCGGCCACAAGAAGUCUGGGUCGGUCACUCCCAUGGCGCUCAUCGGCAAUGUGGGCGCCGGCGUCGGUCGCUUGGGCGACAAGGUCACCUCGGUCUUUGGAAACAUCGCCUCCGAGAUCACCGGAAAGCAGGUCUUCAACCCCAACUCGGCCCACUCGGUCGUCGUCGAGGCCCUCGAGAAGGUCCGGACUUCCGAGGCACUGGCCCGCCGUAUUUGGAUGUCCUUCGUCGUGGAGGGCAAUGACUCCCUGUCCCAGGACGACAUCGAGGAAGUUCUGGGCCCUGCCCACCGCGAAGAAGCCGAGGAGUGCUUCAUUGCUAUCGACGCCGACCAGAACGGCGACAUCAGCUUGGACGAGAUGAUCCGCAAGGUCGUCGAGAUUGGCAAGGAGAGGAAGGCCAUUACCCACAGCAUGAAGGACAUUAGUCAGGCCCUCGCUGUCUUUGACAAGGUGCUCCUCUUUGUCGUCCUCCUUCUCGUCAUCUUCAUCUUCCUCACUUUCUUCCAGAGCAGCUUUCUCACCACGGUCGCCACCGCCGGUACUGCGCUGCUGUCCCUGUCCUUCGUGUUUGCUGUCACCACCCAGGAGUUCCUUGGCUCGUGCAUCUUCCUCUUCGUCAAGCACCCCUACGAUGUCGGCGACCGGGUUGACAUUGUGGGCCCCGAGAAGGAGCAGCUCAUCGUGGACAAGAUCUCGCUUCUCUACACCGUCUUCCGCCGCAUCGACAAGAUGCAGGUGGUGCAGGUCCCCAACAUCGUGCUGAACAACCUGUGGAUCGAGAACGUGACCCGCAGCCAGGCCCAGACCGAGGUGAUUGACGUCAACAUCUCGUUCGAUACCUCGUUCGAGGACAUCGAGCUCCUGCGCACCGAGAUGGAGAAUUUCGUGCGCCACCCGGACAACUCGCGCGACUUCUUCCCCGACUUCUCCAUCGGCGUCUACGGCAUGGGCGACCUGGACAAGCUGCAGCUCAAGGUGGCCAUGAAGCACAAGUCCAACUGGCACAACGACUCCAUCCGGGCCACUCGCCGCUCCAAGUUCAUGUGCGCCCUCAUUCUCGCUCUGAAGAAGGUCCCCAUCUACCCGCCUGGAGGCGGUGGCGAGCCUCUCGGCGGCCCCUUCAACCCCACCUACUCUGUUGCCGUCUCCGACGAAGUCGCCGCGGCGUCGCGCGACAAGGCCGCCGCCAACAAGGAGGCGCUGCGCAUGGUCCCGACCAAGCCGGCGGAGCCCGAGGCCGGCCCCGGCGGCAUCGAGAACGAGAAGCGAGCCGCCGACGCGCUCAACACGCGCGACCCGGCGGCCCAGGCGGCCAGCGCGUGGGGCCCGACCCUCGACGACAGGACGCUCGGCUCGCGAGACGACUCGCUUGAGCGCAAGCGGUCCCACGACAUCGAGACGGUCCGCCAGGAGCUGCUGUCCAAGACGCAGAGCCAGCGCGGCCGCCGGCAGGCCGGCCAGGGCCUGCCCCCCAACGCCGCCCUGGGGUCGACGCCCUCGGUCCGCGUCCAGCGGCACGCCUCGAAGCGCGACAACGACAACGGCAGCUUCGACGUCGAGUCACAGACGGGCGGCCCGGCCGGCUUCGGCGCCAACCCGUACGGCAACAUGACCACCACGGUCGCGGGCGGGGCCGCCGCCGCCGCCACCACCACCUCGCCGUACUCGGCGUACGGCGCGGGCGCGGGCCAGUCGUCCCUGGCGCCCCAGAUGUCGAACAACAGCAACAACGGCGGCGGCGGCAGCAGCAGCUUUGCCGGCAUGCACGGGGUCGCCUCCGCGCCGCCGCCUCUGCAGACGGCCGUCUCGGGCGCGGGCCGGGACAUCACGGGCAACUCGCGCCCGCCGCAGGCCGGGCCCUCGAGCCAGCAGCCCCCGCAGUUCCGCGGUCAGCAGCCGUUUUAG